GUGGAGUGCAUCUCGCCGGUGUCUGUCGGGGUCAGUCCAACAUUGGCAGGGAGAGGAGCAGGCCACGGGCAAUACUCCUCCUCAUUCCGUGUUGACAGGGCCUCUGCUGCUGGGGAUUCGAUUCCACGCCACGCAAUAUCGAAUCCGCCUCUCUGCUGCUUGAUUUCCUUCCUGGUAGUCAGAAGCAGGGUGACACGCAUUACAGAGGUUUCCCUGAUACUGAAGCAAAAGUUAAAAAGGACUCAGAAUUAUCGCUACACGGAACACCAGAGUUAGGCCCACAACGGCUACCAAAUUCUCGCCAACUUCAAGCGCGAAGAUUUUGUUAUUUACCGAAGUGCUCACAACAGUUACCACACAACGAAGUCAACGAGAUGGCGCUAGAAUUCAUCGCAGGUUGCCUCGGGGGGUGUGCUGGAGUGGCCGUGGGGCAUCCCUUCGACACAGUAAAGGUCCGCCUCCAGACCCAGGACUUCCUCAACCCCAAGUACCGAGGCACGUGGCACUGCAUCACGGACACAGUAAAAAAUGAGUCGCUUCGCGGACUGUACAAGGGCAUGUCCUCCCCUAUGGCAGGAGUGGCCUUCGUCAACGCCAUAGUCUUCGGCGUCCACGGCAACAUGGUCAAACACAUCCAGAAUCCAGACUCCCUCAGAUCACAGAUGCUAUGCGGCGCAGCGGCGGGCCUCUCCCAGUCCAUCGUGUCGUCGCCAAUGGAGCUCAUCAAGACACGGGUACAGAUACAGACAGAGGCGUGCGCGACCACCAAGUCCCUGUCCUGCGCCGCCACCUCCUCCUCCACGGUGACCAACUGCAGCAGCUACGCCAGCCCCAUGGAUUGCGUGAGGAAGAUCGUCACCACGGAGGGCUGGCGGGGCAUCUUCAGGGGACAGCUCAUCACAGUCUGCAGAGAUGUUCCCGGGUUCGCCUCCUACUUCCUGAGCUACGAAUACCUCAGCAGAUCGUGGGCCUCGGCUGACGGCUCCGUGUCCCCCGCCGCCGUGCUGGGAGCCGGAGGGUUUGCCGGAGCCCUGUCGUGGGUGGUGACUUACCCCAUCGACAUGAUCAAGUCCCGGCUACAGGCUGACGGCAUCGGCGGUGUUAACAAGUACCGCGGCAUCCUGCACUGCCUCAAGACCAGCAUGGCAACGGAGGGCUCCAGCGUGCUGUUCCGGGGUCUCAACUCCGCGCUCAUUCGCGCCUUUCCCACCAAUGCCGCCACCUUCGCCGUUGUCACCUGGACCAUGAAGGCGUUCCAGGGCCAGCAGGAAGAGGUCGAGACCAAUCAGUCAUGGCGGGACAUCCAGACGGGAGGCGAGACUCUAGUGCAGGCCGCCGCCAUCCCGGAGAUCAUGCAGCUCAGCCUCGCAUUGAGCACCUCCUGCAACACAGCAAACUCCUUCCUGCCGCAGGUCAUGGCGGCGUCCAAGGCGGAGUUCCACGAAGAGGAGGAGCACGAGACUAUGUGUCAGUGCUGGAAGCGGCACAGCUCCUCAGUGAUCGGCAAGCUCCCCGGCCUGUUCGGCUCAGUGUGCAAGUGUCAUGAGGCCUUCUCUUCCUGGAGGACGCGGGGGGAGGACGUGUUUGCCUCCGCCAGGCUACAUCAUAACCUCAGCAUCGUGCUCUAAGGCCUCGGAGCGCCCACAGGAGGGUCUGUCGCCGUUACUUAGGUGAAGGGAAAAGGCUGUGAUCGUGCGGCGGCGGGUCGGAGCUUGCGGGGCCCAGCUCGGGCGGUGUUACAGUGGCCAGUCACGGUGACCUAACGGCUGGCGCCAGAAACCUCUGGGUCAGCUUCUUGUCGCACCUCGUAAGUCAUAGAACCUCACUUUGUAGCCGGUCAGCGAUACAGUCAUAUUUACCAAGACCCAGCAAAACAUGAAUACUAUAGGAUCAACAGAAAAAUAUACUGCUGAAAAAUGCAUGAUCUUUGACUCAUCAGCUGAUAGGCACGACUCCUCUCCGCGCACUGGGAGGAGAGGGGUCGUGGAUCAUGGCGCGUGCAGAGCAGGAUGAGUGGGGCCCGGCAUCUAUCUCGCCGCGGCUGCAUGCGUGGGGGUGGCCGGCCCCUGACGGGGGCGUGUGCAGGUCUGGCGACACACCUGCGCAAUCACCAUUCCACACAACAGGCCGUCACCGUCACUGUAACACCGCUCGCUGGAGUGAAUGGGGUAGGCCGCGCGACCCCCGACCCCCGACUGUACCAUGUGUGUGUCCAGCUUGCAGCGGGGCCAACCGGUGCAAGCAUCGCUGGUCCCUGUCACGCCCCAGGCAGGUGAGGGUGCCUCCUGGGGAAGCCUGUCGUGUAGGUGUCCAGUAAGGAAUCCUUUGUCUAAGUGACAGCAACACGGUCCUCUGAGGGUGACCAAUUUAGCUUACUUAGUACUUAAAACCAAUGCCAACUCGCCUGUCUCAGGACAGUGCAAAGACCCGCCCCACAAACUCCCUUUAGUUUGGGGGCAUAAAAUUCUCUUAUAGAGGAUGAUCAUCACUUUCUCUACAACUUCUCGAGGCUUGGUGGGCGGGCGGGGAACACGCGGAGCAGACUCAACACUCGAAAGGAAAGCUGCUUUCUCAUGUUCCGGAGUCUGUGUCUCUUUCUCGCCACAGCUCCCCUAUAGCCCUUACCUGUCCACCGAUACCUGCCGCAGCUUACUGUUAGGCUGCUGACGAGGCCCUGGAUAUAUAUAUAUAUAUAUAUAUAUAUAUAUAUAUAUAUAUAUAUAUAUAUAUAUAUAUAUAUAUAUAUAUAUAUAUAUAUAUAUAUAUAUAUAAAGCAUGCAACGUCAUUUUGGUGUUCAGUGUACAGAAUAUCUUACGUGUACAAUUUAGCACUUUUAAAUGUUAUUAUUUUCCUGUUUACCCCAAUCAGUUCUUACCCGCCAUUAUAACAGGCUGUACAUAGGUUUUUCUGAAAAUAUUAGCAUAUUACAAUAUCAACACCAAAGUGGCUUUAGGUUAUUAAUCUUCUCUCUCUCUCUCUCUCUCUCUCUCUCUCUCUCUCUCUCUCUCUCUCUCUCUCUCUCUCUCCAGGGCCUCCCCCCACCAACCAUCGACCUUGUUUCAAAUCCGCGAGUCUCAUUCGUCUCUGAUCCGUCCAUUAUUUAUUGAUCUUCGUUUCGUGAGCACAACUUAAGAAAAGAAAAUAAACCAAAAAAUCACAUUCGAAUAAAAGUCCGUGAUGCAUUACUGAAGAAGUGUAAACCAAAACAUCAAACUUCAAUAAAAGUUCUCAAUAAAAUAUUACCAACAAUA